AACAGAAAUUUAUCACCAUCAGAUUAUUCAUAAUCAGUUUCUUUUUACAAAAUAUCUUUCAGGUCACAAUUGAUUGCCUUUCUGUACCUCGUUGCCCUGGUAAUCUCUUGACGACAUUUCGCUACUAUGUCCUGCUGACAGCAUUAAGCCUUUCUAAAGCAUUUGACACCUGCCCUCAUCUUGAUGUCGAAACCUUACAAGCCUAUGUAGUAGGUACUUGCACAUUUGAACUAAAUUCAUCAUUUGCGGCGAUCACUGAUUUCCGCAGUUCAAAUACAUGAUCUUUGAUAUAUUCACUUGCAAACUCAUCAUUGGUAACUGCUGGAACAUUCUCCGCAACAAAAUAUGAUGACAAAGAAAUAAAUGAAUAAAUUACAAAAGAGGGAAUGAAAAAGAGAGGUAAGCGGAGGUGCUGCUGGGUUCUUGGCUGUUAUGGACGGACCAUUCUUUUAUUGACAAGGUGGAGGAGGGGGUGGUGGGCCAUUUCAUUCUGGGGAAUGAACCUUUUUUUUCUCACCGUUGGGCUGUGCAUGAUUAUUUUUGGUGAGUAAUAACUUGUGCAAGAUUUUCUUUAAAAGGUCAAACACGCAGGACCUGGAUAGUAGUUAGCAGAAAGCACUCGCUCGAUUUUUUCUCUUCAUGGCUCCCCUUGCACGAUUUUUUUCCGCCGUAUUUGCUGAACAGGAUGUUUUCUUUUUUGGAAAUUGCCCAAGCCCCCCUCCUCCCUCAAAAAAAUAAUGGUCCGUCCCUUAGCCUAGUCGACAGUACCCCUUCACCGGUACCUUUUAAACCAAGACAUUGCGCGUCAUGUCAAGAGAAGAUGAUGGUAAGAUAGUUUAUAUCCCUCAUAUCGGCUCAUUACUAUGACAAUCUCUUUCGAGCAAUUUUUCGAUGUAGUAUGCGGUCCUCACGCAAAUUGUUGUCUUACCAGCGCAUUGCUUAGAUAUUUUCGUCCAAAAUACGUGUAACUACUGGUAUAAGCCGUUUUGGCUGUCCAACGGUAGACUCACGUGAGAAAACUUUGCGUAUAAAGAUUGACUACUUCUAGGAUUUCUGAAAAGGGGUUAGGGUUAGGUUCUAAAAAUAACUUGGUAUUAACUAGGUAUUAACUAGGUAUUACUCUGAGAAUAUGGGAGAUCAACUUAACUCUCUUACUCUUCAUCCUCGCUUGACCAUGUUUAGCUGAGUGCAUUUAAUGUCGUUCUCCAAGUGGGUAAAAUAAAACCCAACUGACAAUGAUGACAGACAAAUUUAUAAGACGUCUUAGUGAAAAAGCGUUGAGGGAAAGAUUGAGCCUCGCCCCUGGAGGGACCUCGAGGGGGCCUUAUGCGCUACAUGGCGCGAGGAGACCCGAGUAACUUGAAAAGCGUAACUCAAGUUGAAAUCGAAAUACUCAACAAUCUUUUGUCUCAUUGCAGCUCUCUCUCCUGGUGAAAAUCAGUACAAACAAUAUAUGAAAUUGCCCAAUGAAAGUGUAUCUCAUCUCUACUUUUCUCGCAGGUAUCAAUGUACCGUGCAAAGACAGGGAAUCCAUUACCGACCAAUGCGAGAGGAAAUGCCGGUGCAAAGAUGGUGAUCUAGUUACUUGCUACAGAGUACGAAAAGAAUUUACCGCAAUGAGCCUAACAGAGCGACGGCGUUUCAUAGACGUUCUCAAACUAGCUGCUGCUAGCCCUCGAUACCGGAGCGAUUACGAAAUACUAACAACCCUGCAUUCAAGAGUGCCCAGCAAAUUCCUUCAUCACAUGCCUCAAAUAUUUCUUCCUUGGCACAGAUGGUAUUUGCUGGAAUUUGAAAAUUUCCUUCGUCAAAUUGACUGUCGAGUAACAAUUCCUUACUGGAAUUGGAGCAGCAUCUCUGUACACUGGACACAAGGCUCUGUAUGGAGUCCAGCUCCUUACGGUCUAGGCGGCAACGGUGUCUUGCCUGCAAGAUGCGUGAUAGACGGUCCGUUUAGAAAGAACGAAUUUCGUUUACCUUGGUGCGUGGGCGGUGGCUGUUUGAAAAGGGACUUCAAUUACUCGUGCAGUCUACCAAACCUCGAGGACACCUGGAAUUUACUCAUGCUUGAGAAUUUCACUAUGUUUGAAAAAGCAAUUCGUGAACAAUACCACACCAAAUUUCACGACUGUGUAGGAGGCAACAUGGCCCAUCAUGCAACGGCGUCAUUCACUCCCGAAUUUUGGCUUCUUCACGGUUUCAUCGACAAACUUUGGACCGCCUGGCAGAGGAAGUCCUUAGCUCACCAAUUUGAAUUUUAUACAAAUAUUAGGUUUACAUUGCCUGGCUCUGACAAGUUUCCGUGGGAAUUUCUUGAUCAGGAUAGUUUACCAGGCGGUGUAAGAAUUCUAUAUGAAUAACUGCUGUUAAUUAUAUACAAUGAUAAUCACAAAUAAAGAUGUACUAUGGCGACCCCUUCCACCCCCGAGAAAGGGCAGAUAAUUCAUGGUAGGCCACAUAUAAUUGCCUUCCCCUUUACUCCUUAAAUGCUAACCGCAAGCAAACAGUAGUAAUUAAAUGUUAACCGCAAGGAAACAGUAGUAAAUAAAUGCCAACUGCAAGUAAACACAAUAUUUAAAUGCUAACCGCAAGCAAACGGCAGUAAAUAGAAGCAAACUGCAGGGAGACUAUAUGGGUGGCCUACCAUGAAUUAUAUCCCCGAGAAAGAAACAAUGACAUUUCGUAGUGAAAAGAGCAGCUGGCCAUUCGAUGCUGUUGGUGAAAAAUUACAAGGAGUACACAGGGAGCACUGGUCCCAUUUCCUUCCAAACAACCAAUCCACAAUCACAGUAUCAGAACCUCUUACGCUUUUCAUGUACCUCAUUGUCAGAAAAACUUUAGAAUUUUUAAGGUCUUAUUUUUUCAAAGGACACAAAUUCAAUAACUCCCUUGUCAAUGAAAUCACCAACUCUGUUGCCGUUCUCUCACGGAAACUAAUAUGUAAAAAAAAUAACCAUUGCUUAUGGGAAAUAACUGUUACUCAUUUAACAUUAUGGAAAAUAGUUAUAAUUUUAAAGCUUGUAAUAGACUUAGUUACUAUUAACCAGGAGACCAAAAUUAUCACACAUAAGCUUAAAAGUUCCUCCUCAGUCUCCUCGCCACUUUUCCCCAAAAUUUGUUUUAAUUUAUAUUUAGUUUUUAAUUCUAUUUUUUUGUGUGGGCGCAAAUAAAUAAAAUUAAAAAAUAAAUAAAAAAAAUAAAAAAUAAUAAAAAUCAGUCAGAUACCUUGCUAACACCCAGGGAAGGCAAUAUAUUUUUUUUUUUCAGGCUUCAAUUUCACAACUGCUUAUGAUCAAUCAUGUCUUCAUAUUUUUCUCUGCAGUUCAAAUAUAUGAUCUUUCAUAUAUUCACUUGCAUAAUGACACUUUUUGAUCACAUGCCACGCCCUUAUACAAAGAUUGCUUGUUGCAAUUUAAUUUAUAUAUCAUAUUACAUCCAAUAAUUGCACUGAGGAAAUAUGUUUUUGGAGGUGAGAAAGAGUGAUUGUUCCAAUUGGAAAGAGAUUGUUUUAAACCAAAAAAUAACAAUUCAUUGGCAAAAGAGUACCAAGAGGAAACAGAAAAUAUUAGAUAUUCUCACAGUAUUGGAUAUGCUACAAACAUGUGACAAUCAUGUUUCCCAUAUUGUACCAAUAGCUGCAAAACAACAUUUAAACAAAUAUUGCAGUUUUAGUCACAUUAAAAUACAUCUUUAAUUUAUAGAUGAAAAUUUCUUAAAUUUAGGGGAGAGAAAAACUUCUGUCAAUCAUCCGGUUCAAAAGAGGUGGUUAUUUGGGGAAGCCAGUGCAUUAAUUUGUUGUAUGAAAAGGAUAUAAAACAUCACAUAAAGGAUUUCCUGUUCAGUAUUCCCUGGCAGAAAGGCUAUGGUUUCAGUAAAAAUAGAAAUAAGCUUAGAGUCUCUCUUAAGAAAGGCACUUCUCGUACCAUGAAUCAGCCAGAGGGUGUAUACAUGGACAGAAGCCACCUCACUAAAGGUGACCACUGAUAUGAUGGUUUUUGUUUUCUUUCACCUGAAAACAAGCAAAAAUGAGCCAUUUUGGUCUAUGUGGGAUCUACUGCUUCUGCAAGGAAAAAAUAAUGUACAAGGAAGCACACAGUUCAGAAACAAUGAAGACACUUCUGAUCUGCAUAUUUGAGUCCAAACAUUUUAUUUGGGCAUUGCUCUGACAGAGUCAAGAGAAAGGAAUUCUAUGUACAAUAUGAGGUGACAUCAGUCAUUCCUUUUUUGACAUUCUUUGUUUUGACAAGAGACAACCAGUUUUAAAGUUUGACACCACAACUGAUUUUCCUGUCAACCAUUCAAUAGCUUCACACCUAACAUAACUAUUUACACCCACUCAAUGUUGACAUUUAUAGUGGUGUUCAACAAUGUGCAACUGGG